GGCAUCAUCUAUCAUCACUUGUAAGAGCUGCAGCUGUUUGAUCCUGCAAUACGAUCCCCUUACCAAACAAAAGUUCAGAAAAAUCCCCAAAAAGCCGAUCCCCUUCCUUUCUUUUUCACUUGGUAAUAUGUUGUGAUAUUCCUAUGGCUUCAGCCGUUUUAUCCAAGAGUCUCUUUGCCUACCGCUUUCUUAAAUCCUCCUCCACUUCCUUACUCUGCCCAAAACCCCGAUUUUCGCUCUCUGCCUUCACCAGGAAACCAUUUCAUUUGCAAGCAGCUCCAAUCUACUACUCUAACAAGGUUAUUGAUUCUUUUACUCGUAUGGCUUCCUCAACUGUUGGGGCACAACCAUCAUUCUCAACACUAGCAAUGUCAACCAAUGAAUCGGUUGUUUCAGUUGACUGGCUCCAUGCAAACCUCAGAGAGCCUGACUUAAAGGUGUUAGAUGCAUCUUGGUACUUGCCAGACGAGCAGAGAAAUCCACUUCAGGAGUAUCAGGUCGCGCACAUUCCUGGAGCACUGUUCUUUGAUGUGGAUGGAAUAUCUGAUCGAACUACAAAUUUGCCGCAUAUGUUGCCAUCUGAAGAAGCAUUUGCAGCUGCUGUAUCUGCUCUUGGUAUCAAAAACAAAGAUGGUGUCGUCGUAUACGAUGGCAAGGGCAUUUUCAGUGCGGCUCGUGUUUGGUGGAUGUUUCGAGCCUUUGGACAUGACAAAGUUUGGGUUUUGGAUGGUGGCUUGCCAAGAUGGCGUGCUUCAGAAUAUGAUGUCGAAUCAAGUGCAUCUGGUGACGCGAUUCUGAAAGCUAGCGCUGCCAGUGAGGCAAUAGAGAAAGUAUAUCAAGGACAAAUGGUUGGACCUACUACCUUCGAGACCAAGUUUCAGCCGCAUCUUGUCUGGAAUCUCGAUCAGGUUAAAAGGAACAUUGAAGACAAAACAUAUCAGCAUAUAGAUGCUCGAUCCAAAGCUAGGUUUGAUGGUGUUGCACCAGAGCCUCGAAAAGGAAUAAGAAGUGGACAUGUACCUGGGAGCAAGUGUAUUCCGUUUCCACAGAUGCUGGAUGGCUCGCAAACACUCUUAUCCCAUGAAGAGCUCAAGAAAAAAUUUGAUCAAGAAGGGCCUCCACCGAUUAGGGAAGACUGACGUUCCAGUCUAUGAUGGUUCGUGGACAGAAUGGGGAGCGCAUCCAGAUACCCCCGUCUCCACAUCUUAAGCAUGAAGAAAAUGCUCUCAAGAGAGGUGUUCGUAAGGUCUGCUUUGUUUUUAUUGGUGAACAUCGAUGACUGUGAAUCUUGCUCCCCAUUUCUUAAUUGUUGGUGUAACAAACAGACACUGUAUUGUUGAAUGAUACUGGGAUAAGGAUAAGAAAUAUUCUUGAUUAUACGAACUACCUUAAUUUUACAUUGUGUUA